ACGGCAUCAUUCCGUGUUUGUGAGAUCAGGCGGCUCUGCCGGAAACAAUUCGCUGGCGGAUAAACCGUGUAACCUCCGGCAACACACAACCGGAUGCCUCAGCUAGAUUCUGAAUCAACUCCGGGAAGAAAAAUCCCUGGAACAUCAUUCGACCUCAGCUUCCAACUUCCCGUGUGAGGAUAUCCCGAGUUAAUUUUCAACGUGGCCGAGUUGAUCAAACAGGAGAUAUCCAGGUUCAGACUUCGGUGACUUCUAUCCAACCGACGUUUCGUACUCCAAAUGUCGGCAGUCAUGAGAGCUGGCAGUCGAUGACGCCUCUGACAACACCAGUGCGUUCCUCAAACAGGUUGUUCACUGUUGUCCCAAGGCCCCUCAUCUUUUCUACAAAAUCGUCCAGCGAGCCUCCAACGCCAAAGUAAAGCUUCUUUGCGCCAAUGACAGCUCUGGCAGAACCGCUUGGUCUGUCUUUCCGCUCUCGCUCAAGAAUCAGAAGAAGAGUCUCGCCGAAUCUUUCAAGGGCAAAAGGAGAGUAAAUAGUCUCCGAACCAAGCACAAGAGUCUUGGUGUUGUCCGCAAGACUUGGGGCAUUCGGUGAGCUGUAGAGAAUAUCCACAAACUCUGGUGACCAAGCACCAGAAAGAAAUCUCAAAGUGAUCUGGUUGGAAACCAGAGAGUCCUUGAAAGCCGCGAUAAUCUCCGGUGUCAGAUCGAGUUCUCCGUCGGGUGUAAAAGCCUCUUCGACGAGCGCUACUCGGCUUCGUUGUUGAAGAGCCCAGGCCAAGAUGAGAUUGGGCAACGUCACCAGAUAGAGCACAGAGGGGUUAUAGUCUGCAAGCGUGAGGACCAACGGGUGUCGCGGUUGUGACUUUCUUUCGCUCAAGGCCCAGUGAAAGAGUGCGAGAGAGGGCAAGGCCGUGCCGCAGCCGAGCUGUACACAUUGGUCAGCAAUUCGUUUCUCGGCAGGAGGUUUAGGGACGUCAGAUAUUUCGCCGCACCUCGAUCAAGACACACGGCUCUUGAUUCAAAAAAUCGGCCGGCUUUUCCGAUGCCAAGACCUUGACCAUAUCAACACUGCUCUCCCAGCUCUUGAAGCCACCCUCAUAAAUGCCCGUCUUGACGUCGUGCUCCCCAAGACCAGCCUCUGACUCAGAUGGGUUUUCCCCAUCAUCCUCAGCCAUCAGCUGAGCCCGCACAUCCCAGAGCUCACGCCUUGGUAUUUGGAGUGUGCUACCAUCCUGCAGAUCGACACCGAGCAGGUUGAAGGCUAUCUUGGAGGGUAGCUUCAAAAGCAUGUCCUCGAGAUCAUGGCUGGCUGGUGGUAAUUGGGGCUUGCCCUGAACUGGAAAUGCACCGGCCCCCGCGGGCGAGGCCACAGCUGACUUCUUGACUUGGGGUGAAGGGGUGAGCGGACGACCAUCGUCUUCUAUAUCAUCGCCGGCGAACGAGAAUGAAAAGGCCAUGGUUCAGACUGGUGGUGGGGAUCUGAUAUAUGUCGGUUAUGCCCAAACAGCAGCUGACUGUACCGGGUUCCAAAUUGCUCACGUGAAGCAGCGAAUGAUAUCGAUGUCUCUUACUACAGUUUCCAGGAAUGUGAGUCUCUUUCAGCUGAGGUCGUCCUGGUGGUGGUAGGGUUGGGUAGGAUUUGAACGGUAGUGGGGCAGCAAACGGUGUUUUUUUGAGGCAUGUGGUCCGUGUGCUGUCAGCUUUCAGCCCCCAAUUUCAAUUCCAACCAAGCUGAAGAGAAAGCGGAGUUUUUCCGCUUGAAAAUGCUCCGAAGGCUUGCAAUUGGUGCCACAUUUUAACCGUUGCAACUUGCACUUGCAGCCCGCCGCUGUCUCUGUCAGCAUCGAGGAGGCACGUUCAGUAGGAAGCACAGCGCAGACGGGAAGGUGCCGUUAGGAAAAGCUCCCCACUUCUUACUGGCCCUCGGCUGAGCAUGCAAUUCGCUGCUCACCGGCAUAUGUCGAUAACGGCUGUGGUUGGACAGCAUACGACAGGACCGGCCAUCCCAAGCGUCUCUCACAUUCACGCGGGUCUCUUUCUCUUCGUUGGAACGGGCUGGCCAUCACUUUCCCGGUUCGGGGGACGGAUCAAACAAACCCAAUAUGCGGCAGCCUUGAAGCCGAUAACCCCAUUGGAUCUCGAGAUCCUCUUCAGUGAGGGCUUCCAACAGCCCCCGCGCCGACAGCGGGGAUACAUGCAGGGCCCUUCUUCUUCUUCUUCGAUAUCUUUUCGUCUCUUCUUGCUUGAAGGAAUUAUCGGCCGGCGUAAAUGGACGGGAACCGUAAAUCAGCCAACUAUGGAUCGCACCCGUCGGGAGAUACCCCUCUGUUCGGGGUUAGGUUGAGCUCGUGGCCGUCGAUUGUCUCAUGGGGCUGGAUCGUCAUAUACUUGGAGGCUCCUUCUCUUCCAUCCUAGUUUGGGAUACCCACAAUACUCUGUUUGCUGACAGCGCCUGCGUUGUCUUGGAGAGGGGAACCGUAUUCCUCAUUCUGAGGCACUUGCCCAACCGGGAAGAGCAAAUCAAGGUCAGGGUACGGAGUGUUGCUCGUUUGCUGCAUACCACUUGAAUUACAUCAACGAAGCCUGGCAAGCCAUUGGCUGCGUUUACUACCUGCUUUUCGCCUUCGAUUAUUGAUAUAAGUACCAAGGCCUCGAAGCAUCCUCUGAGAGUCUCUACUUGGCUUCUCAGAACACCUCUGGCUCUUCUCCCACACACUCUUCACCAUGGUAAUGGACUCUUGCGGCGACAGAUACCCGGAUCGACUUGGUCGUGAUGGCGCCACUCUCAACUUCCCUUCCCUCAAUGUCUCCUACACUGUCCGGGAACAACCUCUCGGCACGGCACGGCCGAUUCGUAUUGUCGGCAUUGGAGCUGGAGCGAGCGGGCUAAAUGUCAUCCGUACCUUGCGGCUGAAUCUCACCAACUACGAAGUCGUGGUAUACGAAAAGAACAUCGACGUCGGUGGAACAUGGUUCGAGAAUCAAUACCCUGGAUGUCGAUGCGAUGUACCAAGCCACAGUUAUCAGUUCUCAUGGCGACCAAAAAAGGACUGGACCAACUUCUUUUCUAGUGCCGAGGAAAUUGAGGACUAUCUUUGCCAGGUUGCCGACGAGGAGGGGCUGAGAGGGUCUAUCAAGACCUCUCAUGAGGUGGUCUCUGCUGUUUGGAAUGAAGGCGACGGUCAAUGGGAGCUGAGGAUACGGAACCUUGAGAAUGGACAGGAAUUUGAGGACUAUGCUACCUUUCUACUGAAUGGUUCGGGCAUACUGAACAACUGGAAGUGGCCUGAUAUUCAAGACCUUACCGCGUUCAAAGGCACAUUGAUACACACGGCUCGUUGGCCAAAGGAUUUCGACCACACAGGCAAGACGAUAGCGAUCAUUGGCAAUGGUUCAACGGGAGUUCAAGUAUUGCCAGCUCUCCAGCCCGGUGCCGCCAAAAUUCACCACAUCUUCCGGACACCCAGUUGGGUCAUACCACCAAGGAUACACGCCUGGAAAGUCAUGGGUCAAGCAACAGAGGUCUGGGAUAAGAUACAGCUCGACGCCGAGGAAAACUUCUCGGAAGAAACCAUUGAAAAGUUCAAGUCGGACCCGGAGUUCUACCGGGAUUUUGUCAAGAGGAUUGAGGUUGAGGUCAACAGUGCUUUCCCAGUGGUCCUUGCCAAAAGCCCGGUUCAAGCCUUCGCCCGCGCGAAGGUAGCGGAGUACAUGACAGCCAUGCUCGGUGGGAACGAGCAGCUCUGCAAAGCUCUCAUUCCAGACUUUCCACUAGGAUGCCGAAGAAUGACGCCUGGCCAUGGAUAUCUCCAAGCCCUGACAAAACCGAAUGUUGAAGUCAGGAGAACGGACAUGAAGCGCUUUGUACCGGAAGGCAUUGAGCUUGCUUCAGGGGAGAUCCUCAAAGUUGACGCCAUAAUCUGUGCCACGGGCUUCGAAACAUCCUUUUGCCCGCGAUUUCCCAUCAUUGGACGUGAUGGCGCAAAUCUGCAAGAUCGAUGGAGACAAGAGAUCCCGAAGGCGUAUAUGUCUUGUGCUGUUCCAAGCCUCCCAAAUUACUUCAUGUUCCUUGGCCCCAACGCACCCAUUGGUCACGGCUCAGUCUUCACCCUCUCGGAACACAUCGCCAAGUACAUCACCACCAUCAUCAAAAAGGUCCAAACCGAAGGAAUCAAAUCCAUCGCCCCUUCCCAAGCAGCAGUAGAUGACUACUUUGAGCACAUUACCCAUUUCAUGCCAGCCACCACUUGGGCGGCGCCGGGGAGAUCAUGGUUCAAGAUGGGAAGGGAGGAAGGACCGGUGGUGGCGCUUCAUCCGGGGAGCAGGAUUCAUUUCUUUCAUAUGCUGGAACGGUUUAGAGGGGAGGAUUGGGAGUAUGAGUGGGAUAAUGCGAGGGGGAACAGGUUUGGGUACUUGGGGAAUGGGUUCUCGACGCGGGAGGUGGGGGAUGAGAAGGGGGAUUUGGCUUGGUAUUUGGACGAGCCGGCUACGAUAUCGUAGAUGGGGUGUGGGUAUCAUGGUAGACACGGCUGGGAAGGGGAGGUAUUCUUUUUGUUGAGCGGGUGGGUGGUUUCAUGCAACACAUGGAGUUAGGAACGGUUGGCGUAUGGAUAGAUAAUACAUACACAUCAUUUUUCAUUUCCAA